AAAUAUAACGGAAAAAGUGUUUAUAGUUUAUGUACAAAUAUAAUAACAAUUAAUAUAUAAAAGUAUUAAGUAAUCAAUUAGCAAAUAAUGAAAUUGGUAAAAUUGAUUUAGGAUUAUGGAAUCUAAUACAGAGUUUGUAAAUGUUGCUAUAAGGAUCAAACCUAACAAAUCGAAUAGUGAAAGUCAAUGUUUAUGUAUUAUAAGCCAAGAACCACCAGUUUUGUUAUUGGUAGAUCGCUCCCAAACAUUUUCAUUUGAUAAUAUAUUUUCUGAGGAUGUCUCCCAAGAGACAGUUUACAAUAAAACUGUGAAACCUUUAGUUCACUAUGUUAAGAAAGGGUAUAAUAGCACUGUUUUUGCCUAUGGGCAAACUGGAACUGGGAAAACUUAUACCAUGGGAACAGAACCUAAUGUAACAGACCAAAAAAAUGUCGGCCUCAUUUUAAGAACAUUAAACCAGUUUUUUGAAUAUAAUGAUGAUGAUGAAUCAGAAGUUGAAAUCCAUUUAUCUUUUAUCGAAAUAUAUAAGGAAAAAGCUUUUGAUUUGUUACAAAAUGAGUCUAAUCGUCUUAAAAUCAAAGGUGUAAAAGUAGAAGGAGUUAACAAAGAGAAAGUUUUUAGUCUUCAUGAAGCAAUACAUUUCUUAAAAAUGGGCAACAAGAAUAGACAUACACGUGGGACGAACCAAAAUUCACAAAGUUCAAGGUCUCAUGCAAUAUUCACAAUUUAUUGCAAUACAAAACAUAAGGACAUAGAAACCAGUGCAAAAUUAAACUUGGUGGACCUAGCGGGAUGUGAAAGUGUCAAAAAAACUGGAACUUACGGCAGUUCUUUCCAAGAAGGGGUCAAUAUCAAUAGAGGCCUUCUGUCGAUAGGUCAAGUAAUGACAGCGCUGUCAAACAAUUCUACGUUUAUUCCUUACAGACAGUCUAUAAUUACUUCAAUAUUGAAGGACUCCUUGAACAAAAACAACUUCGUCUCACUAAUAGCUUGUGUUAGUCCUCUUACAGAAGACACUACUGAAACAGUACAGACCUUGGAAUUUGCGCAAAGAGUAAAGAGAAUUAGGAGUAGACCAGAAGUUAAUGAAGUCAUAUCCCAAUACAAAAAGGAAAAUCCCUUAAUGUUCCAAAUGAAAAUGAACACUCCCUUUAAGAGGCCAUUAUUUAUGAACACUCCUAGACCACCUAAACAACAAAAACUGUCAACUAUAAAUGAACCUUCGUACUCCUCAAUUAUAACAGACCAAAGUCAAAGUCCUAAAUCAUUAUCGUCUAGUGUGGCAUCUUCAAUAACAAACACUGUAAGAUCGUCCCUGGACUCAAUUUCUGCUCCACAGGCUCUAAGUCCUAUUAUUAGGAAAUAUAUGAACGCAAUGGAAUCCUCAUUGAUGGAUAAAAUAGGAAAUGUUAUUCAAAGUACUUUAAAGACAGAAUCUAGAGAACAGGUCAUGGAAAAAGAAAAUGAUAGAACACCAGGAGUAACGUGGGCUUUAAUUAAAAAUGAGGUAUCAAAGAUUGUCAAGUCAGAGGUAGCUCAGUUAACUGGUAAUGGAGUUAGAGCUACGAGCAGUCCCCUUGGAGAGCAUUUGGAUGAUGUAAGAAAAGUUUUAAAUUAUGACAUUAGUCCAUUAGCUAGUACGGAAGGUAUUACCACAGAGUAUGAAUUUAAAGUACCUGAAUUACCGGUUGAAAAGAAGAGCACCCCUUUCGCUUUGUCCCCAAUUGAAAACAUCAUACCGAGACGAAGUAUGCGUCUGUCCAUGAAAAGAAGAUCUAAAUGCAGUAUAAAUAAUAAUCAAAAUAGUGUAGGUGAUUUAGAAUUGUCGAUCGAAUCAUCACUUACAUUCAGAGAAGAUAUUAAGCUACUUGAACAAACUUUAAUAGAUAACAUUGAAAAUUCCGAAGAAUGCAGUAAAUGGAAACCAGCAGUUGUACCUAGGAGAAGUAUGAGGAUACAAAAAUCUGACAAACCGUUACAAAAUAAAGUACAGGGAAAGAUCGAAAAAGGGAUUAAAUGUGUUGAGUACUCCUGUAGGAAAAAGGCUUUUGAAAACAACACAACAGAAGGAUAGUCCCCAUACGUCACAUACCAAAGCCGUGUUACAUACUAUAAAUUAUGGAAGUAGUAGAGAAAUUGGAAAGCUACAAUCUGUAGGACCAAAGACAGCACAACAUAUUGCCCUUUUCAGGGAUAUCAAAGGUAAAUUGAGUACGCUGUCCGAUUUAAAGCAAAUUCCUGGAUGGGGAACGAAAAAAUUUGACAGAUUUGUUGAACAGAAUUUAUUGAAAGAGGAGUUACUUUAACCUUAGUUCAUUAAUAUGUAGAAUUAAUAUGUGUCUUUCUUAUGAUUGGAAUUGCAGAGCUGUCAUUUAUUUUAGAGAUUUUAAUAAUGUAAAAGAGAAGCGUAGCAAGUCGCGGCCUUAGCGCGAGGAUUCUGAACUGACGCAAGCUAUAAUUUUAACUGACAGCUCUUUGUAUUUAGAGAAUAUUUAUUUUGACCGUGGAGCCAAAGUUUUACGUACAUUUAUUGAAUUUAUAUUUACAAAGGUCUUUUAAUUAAGGCUAAUAUUUUAUUUUAAGAUGUAUAUUGAACAAAUGCAGAAAUAUAUUUUAUAACAGG